AUGUCCUUGUACCCGAAUUUUUCACCCGAUUGGCCAGCUCCGGUUCUUGUACCCACCGCCAAUGCUGUUACUAGCGUAAAAGACAAUAAAAUUCAGGCAAAGAAACAAAGUGACAUUGAAUUAAUGGCAACGACCACUGCUCAGCUCAAAGUUCAAGUGCAAUACAUCAAGCAAAAACGCCGCAAGUGUAAAGAAACCACCAUUUCUUCCUCCGCCACUGGUAACAACUGCUCCCACUCCACUCCUGUUUCCCCUGCUCCGUCUCCUCCCCCGCCUUCCCCUCCUCCGCUUCCCCCACAAGCUGCUGGUGUUCCCGGCCUGGGUUCAAACGAUUCUUUGUCCGGUUUCAAGAUCCGAUAUUGUCCCGGUAGGGUAUCUCCCGUCAUGGACUUCACCGGUAGGACUACGCUCUCCAACGGCCACUCUCCGUGGAGUUUCAUUGAGUUCAAUUCCGCCCUCACGGCGGGUCUUCUAAACCCGAUGUCCCCGCCGCCUCCGGCGGACAAGACACGCUCCACUCCGACCCUUUUCGAAAUGAUGGGUAACGAACCCGAUAUCCAUUCGAGUAACCAAACCCAAAACCAAGCUAAGAUCCAAGUACCCACUUCAGCUCCAAGACAAAACCAACCUCCGUUUAUCGUCGACAUGCAGGCACUGACCAUGCAACGAAUUUCGGAUCUUCUGUCGACGCGGAGCCCAGGGAACCAGUUCAACGACCCGAUUUCGCGUGAUAUAAAACUGACAUUGAGCUCCAAAGAUGGGAUUAGUGUAUCGAUGAACGUGCACAGGCAUAUACUGGUGGCUCACAGUAGGUUUUUUGCGGUGAAGUUAUCGGACCGGUCCCCAGAGACGAACGGUUCAGGUGAACCGUACAGCCUGGAAAUAGCGGAUUGUGAAGACGUUGAGGUUUAUAUAGAGACUUUGAGGUUGAUGUACGGUAAAGAUUUGAGGAAGAUGUUAAUGAGAGAGGAGGUUUCCAGUGUUCUUGGAAUUUUGAAGGUUUCAGUAGCAAUUGGAUUUGAUGCUGGAGUUCUUUCAUGUUUGGAGUACUUGGAAGCUGCGCCGUGGACGGUGGACGAAGAAGAGAAAGUAGCUUCUUUAUUGGCGGAGCUCCACCUUGAAAACGUCGGAGCUGGGGAAGUUUUGAAGAGGGUAUCUGUUGAAGUAACUAACGGAAUCGAUGGUGGCGACAAUGAACGAGUGCUUCUCAAGCUUUUGCAUCUGGUUCUUCAAGGCAAUGACGAGAAAGCAAGGUGUGAAAUGAAAGAAUUGGUCCUGAAGAUGCUUCGUGAGAAUCCCUCUCGGAAUGAUCUCCGGAAAGCGUCGUUAUACUCCGCUUGCGACGGCUGUCUGGAACUGCUUCAAUACCAUUUUCUCCAAGCAGCGUCAUCGGAUUUGCAGGAUGUGAAUCAGAUUGCAAGACAAGCGGAUAAUCUGCAUUGGAUCCUUGACAUUUUGGUUGAUAGGCAGAUUGCUGAGGAUUUUCUAAAAUCAUGGGCUUCUCAAUCUGAAUUAUCUGAGACUCAUUCUAAAGUUCCAGCUAUCCAUCGGUUCGAGAUCAGCAGAGUUACCGCAAGGCUGUUCAUCGGUAUUGGAAAGGGGCAGCUAUUGGCAUCAGAGGAAGUGAGGUCCUUGCUUCUACAGACAUGGUUGGUGCCAUUCUACGAUGAUUUCAGGUGGAUGAUGAUGCGGGCAUCGAAGGGGCUCGACCGACAUUUAAUCGAGGAUGGUCUUAGUAACAUGAUUCUUACAUUGGCUUUGCCAUUGCAGCAGGACAUUUUCCUUGCUUGGCUUGAUAGAUUCUUGAACUCUGGUGAAGAUUGUCCCAACAUUCAGAGAGGUUUCGAAGUUUGGUGGAGGAGAGCUUUCUGGCGAUGAAGU